GCCAAAGUUAGGAUGGCAUGCCUAGUCCCGUGUUUCCUAUGUCCAUGGUCCAUGCACUCAGGUGACAGUUGUCAUCAUCAUGGCUGAGUCCGUCAGUCGCUCAGUUUAGCUUGGUUUAGCAUUAGUCAGAAAUUAUGAACUAAGGAGAGCCACACAAACAUAAAACAUGAGUCUCAAUGAAAAAAUAGUUCUUAGUUACCAUGAUUGUGUUCUUCGACAAUUAGAUGUGGAUUUACUACUAGGGCCCAACUGGAUAAAUGAUACAUUGAUCGGAUUUUAUUUCGAGUAUUUGGGAAAGAAACUAGAAUCAUCAAACAACUCAGAAAUUUUAUAUGCGAGCCCCGAACUGACUCAACUCUUAAAACUAACACCUUCAUCCCAACUUUCUAGUUUCCUCGAUCCACUGGAUGCAUCAGAGAAAAAAUUCAUAUUUUUCCCUCUAAACAACUGUGAAAAGAGAGACUCGGCAGGAGGUUCUCACUGGAGUCUGUUAGUAUUUUCCAAAGUGGAAAAUACGUUUUUCCACUUUGAUUCUUUCGGCAGUUCCAACGAAAGCAUUGCUAGACAUUUUGCAAGAAAUCUCGACAGAUAUUUACUUGGCAAAGAAGUUGGACAAUUCUUGGAGAUAAAUUGCCCCCAACAAGACAAUUGCGUUGAUUGUGGAUUAUUCGUCAUGUGCAUUUCAGAGCUUCUGACGGAACAUGUUUUAAACAAAUCUCAAAUACACGGGUAUAAUUUAGACACUGUUAAGAGAAUGGUGUUGGGAAAAAGGGAAAAUUUGUUAGAAUUAAUAAAAACGCUGACUCCUGCUUGAUUUUAUGAAUAAAGCCCAAUUUAUUAAAA